CAUAAUAUUAGUUAUAGAAUGUCCAAUCAACCAAAGCUUGAAGCAUUGACAUGGGAGACAUUGGAGAAAUGGACUUAUGAUAAACUACAGAAGAUGCUUGGAUUCCCUCCUGAUGAGAUUGUUACAUUCAUCUUUGCCACCGAUAGCAACAGUGAUAUCGAAGCAUACUUGAUUGAACUAUUCGGUGAUUCAAAGAAGACAAAGACAUUCAUCGAGCAGUUGACAAAGAAGAUCAACUCAUUACCAAGGCGUAUACGUAAUAAAGUAGCUAAACCUUCAACUAAUCAAAGGAAUAACAUGAAGCAAGCACAAGGACAACAACAACAAGUACAAAAGAAGGUUGGAGGAACAAAGACAAAGAUGCAUAUAAACGCAUUCUCUGAAUUAUCGAUUGAUACAGGCAAGCCAGGUGACCCUUGUGAGUGCCAAGCCACUAGACACAAGCUGAUAACAAACUGCUUGAACUGUGGCAAGGUGAUCUGUGAGCAGGAGGGCAAGGGUCCAUGCAAGUUCUGUGGCACCGCCCUGUUCAGCAAGCCCCAUCCCACGACCAACGCCCAGCUCCAGUCGCAGAAGGACAGAGAGCUGGCGUCGGCCGUCCAGUACAAGGACACCAUUCUGGGCUACCAAAAGAACAGUGUACAGAGAACGAUCGUGUUUGACGAUCAGGAGGAUUAUUUCUCGAACGCCACCAACAAGUGGCUGUCAAGUGAGGAGCGCGCCACUAUUGCCGACCAGGAGCGCGAGCAUCUUCAGCGUGUGGAGGAGAAGAAGAAGUCUCGCUUCACCAUUGAUAUCAUGGGCGGCAAGAUACUGCCCGCCGCAGCCAAGCCCGUUGAUAUCCGCGGCAAGCUCGACUUGAAGCCAUCAUCAACGUCAGUCACUUCAAACAGCACCAAUCAACUGGAAGACCUCAUAUCAACGGACAAGCCAUCAGUCAACUAUGUCAAUGAUCAUCUCAAGGGCAAGGUUGUUCGCAAGGAUACCAACAACGACAACAACAACAAUAAUCAGAAGAAUCAAAAGAACAAACAUACAUCAAUAGUACAACAGUAUUAUGGUGUGGAGGAGGACUUGUUGGUGCUGCAGAACAAGGAGAUCAUUGCCAAUCGAUUGACAUUCAAGGGUAUCAUGGAGGGUCUGUGGUAUCGCUUUGGCAAGGCCGAGCAACGACGUACGCCACGACUCGAGGUGUACAAGAGCUACAUGGAUGCGAUGAAGAACAAGAACUCAAACUACUUUAUCGUGGCGCCAGACAACUAUUCGAGCGAGGCUUCAUUGGACACACCACUGCCCACCCAAACCAUCCAGUUCCUCAAGCAGCUGGUAGAGUACGCACGCUCACGUAGCGUCACGAUCAAUGUGGCAAUCACACUGCCCAAGGAGUUUGUGUUUGCCGCUCCGGGCGCAGUCACCGCGAUGAGGAGUCGUCUGGACAGCUACCACGCCGUGGGCGUCAGCGAGUUCUCUGUCAUCCUGCCAUCAUGCUUCAACGAAGCGUUGAACGCUCAGGUAUGUGCGCCCAACUCUGCCACAGCCGAGACAAACACGGCCAAGGCCUACUCGGCAGCGCAGGUAUCAUUCAUCAAUGGACUGUUUGACAAUGGCGGCGCGGCUAAGUUCAAAGAGAUGUUUGUCUGUCCUUCAUUCUUUGAGAUCGACCUCAAGGUGGCGCCGACGAGACAACAGAUUGAGUAUUGGCGCGAGAUCUCCAAGGGCCUCAACAACCGAUGCCACAUCCUCUUCUCCACGCCAUCCGGGCGUCUGGACGACCAGCUUCUCAACAAGAUACACAACAUAUUCGACAAGCGCAAACUGAUCGCCAUUGAGAAGUUCCCCUACGGCACGCGCAACCACCAGCUCUACCUCGACCCCUAUCACUGCCAGUUCAGCCCCGAGGCCUCGUCGGCCAAGCUGACAGGCGUGGUCGCGUCGCCCUUUGACUGCCAGCCCUACCUCGACCAGAUGACCUCGCUCAUCCCCCUCACGACCUUCAUUCAGUACCUUCAAUCGCCCUCCACCUACUCGGAGGAGCUGACACUGCGUGCCAACCUGCUGGAGAUGCUGGGCAACGAGUCGCUGGCCGAGGCAUUCUCGGAUGUUAUCAUGGCGCUGUCCAAUGGCGUGCUUCAACAACUGAAACAACAACAGCUGGAUGGUCAGUUCACCGCACUGGAUGCUCGUGGUCGCGUAUUCAUGUCCACCCUCAUCGACAAGUCCAAGAUGCUCCUGGAACACUUUGGACCCAACUCGGCAGAGAUCCAAACACAACUGCAGGACAUUAUCAAUGUGCUCAGCAAUCUGAUC